CCGCCUGAUCCGAUCCAUAGGUAAAAAAUUGCACACGUUCGUCAUUCAUCUUAAAGUCUCUGCCGCGGCAACAUAAUUAUCGGCCAAUUUUUCAAGCCCAUCACCAGUAUUUAAACAAUAAAACACACUCAACAUGUUCGAGGCACGAUUGGGACAAGCCACCAUCCUCAAGAAGAUCUUGGACGCCAUCAAGGAUCUGCUCAAUGAGGCCACCUUCGAUUGCAGCGACUCCGGCAUUCAGCUGCAGGCCAUGGACAACUCGCAUGUGUCGCUCGUCUCGCUGACCCUGCGAUCCGAUGGCUUCGACAAGUUCCGCUGCGACCGCAAUCUCUCGAUGGGCAUGAACCUGGGCAGCAUGGCCAAGAUCCUCAAGUGCGCCAACAACGAAGACAACGUGACAAUGAAGGCGCAGGACAACGCCGACACCGUCACCAUCAUGUUCGAGUCGGCCAACCAGGAGAAGGUCUCCGACUACGAGAUGAAGCUGAUGAACCUCGACCAGGAGCACCUGGGCAUCCCGGAGACGGACUUCUCCUGCGUCGUCCGCAUGCCGGCCAUGGAGUUUGCCCGCAUCUGCCGCGAUCUGGCCCAGUUCAGUGAGUCCGUCGUCAUCUGCUGCACCAAGGAGGGCGUCAAGUUCUCGGCCAGCGGCGAUGUAGGCACGGCCAACAUUAAGCUGGCCCAAACCGGCUCCGUGGACAAGGAGGAGGAGGCUGUGAUCAUCGAGAUGCAGGAGCCGGUGACGCUGACGUUCGCCUGUCGCUACCUGAACGCCUUCACCAAGGCGACGCCGUUGUCCACCCAGGUGCAGCUGUCGAUGUGCGCCGAUGUGCCGCUGGUGGUGGAGUAUGCGAUCAAGGAUCUGGGCCACAUCCGCUACUACCUGGCGCCCAAGAUCGAGGACAACGAGACAUAAGAGUCCUCAUAUUUGUAUGCCCAUUCGUAACUUCUCAUCCUCCUACGUACAACUCAUUCCUAAGUUUUAAGCUAAAUCCGCAUUUUUUGAUCAAUAAAACCUAUAUUGUGUAAUGUUAA